UGUUUCUACGCGUUUAGCCAGUUGUGUUCCUCCCAAUCCGCUAUGACAGCACGCUAUGCUUGGGCUGGGGCGAUUUGAGUCGUAAAAAUGCCCACCGAGUGCAGCCAAGAGGCGAUUUUGAACUUUUUAAGGGAGCAUGGCGACCGAGUGAAAAACAGUGAUUUGGUCGAGCACUUCAAGGACGUGUUUCCCCCGGAGCCGGAGCCGAGAGCGGCCGUUCGGGAGGCUUUUAAGAGCUACGUGGAUAAAGUCGCUUUCGUGAAGACCGAGGACGGGGUGAAAUACGUCUGUCUCAAGAGAAGGUUUCGCGCAGACCCGGAGACCGCACCUGCCUUCUGCUCCCAGGUGAGCGCUGAUGACACGUUGCCGCCGCCAACACCUGGCUCAUGUUACGGAAAUGACAGCCAGCUGAGAGUUCCGCAUACUUCUCCAACCCGCAAUUCUGAGGAGGACGAACGUGAGCGCCAUGAGUUUGCUUGCGCAGUAGAGGGCCGCGGCUCGGUGGGGAUGGGGAACAGAGGAAGUGUCCGCAGAGAGAGGUCCCGACGGUCACCGGCGAUACCUGAGAUCACAGUCGUAGGUGCGUCGCCUCUUCCGUCAGACGCCACCCAGUUCAGCCUGCCUGGGCCUGCCGCAACCAGUGCAAGGGCCUCUGCUGCUGGACUGGCUCCCAGAGAGAGGCAGGCUGAAACAGAACCCCGGAACCGCAUCGAGCUUCCAUCCAUAGUCAGAAUCCCUGCGGACUCUGAUGAUGAUGAGCAGGUGGACUCCAACAGCGAUGGCUCCACCACCCCUAGUGGCAGCCGGAAGCACUUCAUCCAGCUCAUGAUGAACACCUCCCCCCAGGUGAGGCGCAGCAUGGUGUUCCGGAAUUCCGUCUACCUCCCCUCCAGGAGCGACAGUGACUCCGCCUCUCUGCUGGACGACGACCGAACCUCUGUGACCUUGGACCCCCUGGAGCAUGAGUGGAUGAUGUGUUCCUCUGACGGCGAGUGGAGCAACUUGUACCGGCUCCUGGCGACAGAGCCCGGGCUCCUCCUGAGGAAGGACUUUGUCACCGGCUUCAACUGCUUGCACUGGGCGGCCAAGCACGGCCGGACUGAGCUCAUCGCUUUGAUCAUUAACUUCGCAAAGCAGAGCAACAUCCCCAUUGAUGUUGACGCUCGAUCCAGCUGUGGCUACACGCCACUGCACCUCGCUGCCAUGCAGAACCACCUGGACGUGGUGAAGCUGCUGGUGGGGGCCUACAACGCGGACGUGGAGGUCAGGGACUACAGUGGGAGGAAGGCCUGCCAGUACCUGACAGGCUCCGUCAGCAUGGACAUCCGAGACAUUGUGGGAGAAGAAGCCCGCUGUGAGGAAGUUCAGCAGAAGCCAGGCAACAAAUGGAGGUUCUCCAAGGUUCUCCAGUCGAAUCUCAAGCCACCGAGCCUUCACGUUCCAAGCGAGUGCGACACAGCGGACGGCAGCGCCUCCUCCAGGGAGAAGCCCCUCCGGAGGAAAUCGUCCUUCAGCAUGAUGAAGCCCAAACUGGAGAGGCUGCAAGUGAGGACCUCGCAGAUCGUUCACAGUACGUCAUUCCGAGACGCUGAUGAGACGGAGCGUCCAAGGAGGGGCUCCUUCAGGCUCAGGGCCAAGUCCCACUUCUUUGGCUCAUGAUUUCUCUUCUGAUUCCUAGUGUGAAGGGUGAGGGCGCUCUUGUGCAACAGUAGCACGGCGGUUGUAAAACGCCUGGAUCUGAGGGAUGUUUCAUUGCCUUUCUUUUUGACUUGCUGGAUGCUUUUAGGACUUUUCUGUGAUGCUGACAAUUAAAAUAAAAGCUGUUUUUGGA